AUGUGGGCUGUAUUUCUCAGGUAUGCCUGUCGAUGCCAGAAAUGGGCGAAAACUCUUCUCCAUUGCAGAGAUCCAUAGCUCCAGCAUGGAAGAUUGGCAGGCAGGAGGAAAAGAUGUUGAAGCUUUUGCAACUGCUCGGCGAUUCUCCCCUGCAAAGGCUCACAAAAGCUGUCCAAGUGCCAGCCAGAACCUUAUUUCUGUCUCUGACCUCCAGUCUCAACAGCGGAUGCCUUGCUGCAGUCAUCUAACCUGGAGCUCCGAUGAAUUCAGGGAAUGGGUUCGCCAAGGUGAAGGCGUCUUGUCUAACCAGAGAAGGUUGCAACGGACACACUUGAUACUCGUGGGCUACUUGACGGAUGAAAGACUUGGGGAGAAAGAGAAGUUGGUGGAUGGUAGUUUGUAUGUGCGAGACAACACUGGCGAGUUGCCCUGCACGCUCCUGCGUUUUAAGCUUGAGUGGCUAGGGUGUCUGUUGCUGUUUCCCAGCUGGAUAUAUAUCCCCAAAGCAGGCAAGAGCACAGCUGGGUAUUUGGAGAUCAUGCAAGACCCAAUCCAAGUGAUGCCGGCUCCAGAGAAAACUCUUGAUAUCCUCCCUGUUUUCUACCCAAGACAAGCUGCACAGCUGCUCAGUGCCAGGCCUCAGUAUAAGGAGAUUGCGAAGCUGAAUGUGGCAGGCGAACUGUGUAGGCUAAGCACUCUUCUCUACAUCCACCAAAAUACCUUCUUUUUCAUCUUCCUGAAGUGCUUUAGUUCAGCUAUGUGUAUCCCAGUAUUUGUGCAGAGAUCUUCCCAGUUGGUUUGGCAUCACGUGCUACAGCUUGGGCAUCGGUAUGUCCUCACUGAUCUUAAAACAGCUUGCCUUAAAGCUUCUGGAUUGAGGGUAUUCAUCACCAGCUCCUCCUCACACCUUCUACCUUACUGUACGGAACGAGUGAAGGAGCAGUCUUUGGGCAGUACUUCAGAAGGAAGUCCAACUGUGUCUGUUUCCACCAAGGCCUGUGAGCAGCUUAGCAGCUCGUUGGAGCUGGAGGAGAAAGCGAAGACGGUGGUUCCAGCUCGGAAGUCCCAGAUGAUCUCCUAUGCAGGCACUAUCACCCAGGUGCUGAAUGCCCAAGCUGGGCUCUAUGAACUGGACAACAAGUUCACUCUUUGUCUUGCUUAUCAGCAGAUGUUGAAUUAUGGCCGUGGGCUCCGACCAGGAGCAGGCGUAGAGCUCCAAGACGUCCACCUUGUGCAGAAGCCCCUGGCUGCCUCGCCUUCCGUCCUCGGAGCUUGCCUGCGCAGCGUGGUGGUGCUGAAGAGCUUAUCGCCAUGCAGCACGUUGUACCAGCCUGUAGCCUUAUUUGGGAAUUUUUAUAUUCAGCUGCUUUUGCGUUUCAAUUUGAGCCUGCCGCUCUAUAUCUGGCUGGUCAGCUUGCUAGAGACUUUUGAGCAGAGGUUUUGUAUCCUUCCGCACCAGCAGUCCUUGCACUGCCUUAGCCACCCAGCCCAGGGGGCAGCAGAGAAGUUUAUUGUUCCUAUUCUGAAUGUUCUGGUGCCGCUCGGAAAAGAAGAGAGAAACAUCCAUCAAGAGAUUCUGGCGGAAGAGCACCACUGCCCCCUGCAGCAGUAUGAGAUUUUGGAGCCGCCAUGUCAGAUUCCGCCUUUCUCUCUGCUGUCUGCCAUGGCUGAGAAGAAGGGCUGGGAAAGCCUCAGUCCACUGCAACAACUGAACUCAGCCCCCGAGCUCUGCAACGUAAUCGCCGAGGAGCUGAAUCGCAGAUUGGCCUGGUCCUACUCCAGUUUAUCUGCUGAGAGCUUUCAGCCUCGGAUGGUGUUGCUUGGGUGGCUGGACUCUUCCAGCAGUGGCUCCCUCAAGUUACAAGACAGAAGCAAAGCCCUCCCUUGUAUAAUAUUCCACAGAGAUGGCCGGCCAUUUGCUGAGACGUCUUUAGUAGGGUGCCUCCUGCAGGUAGAAAUAUUUCAGUUUGUAAUCGAGCAAUUCCUUCGAAGUGAUUUCCCUUCUUGGCAGCAGCUGGGGUCACCCGAGCACAUAAAGGAGAAGAAAACAAGGCCUUGCGUACAGUUUUGUUUUGAGGAUGUGGAGAUCCUUUAUACUCCCGAGAAGAGAGCCUCCGAGGGUCGCCGAGCGAAUGAAAGGACCUCUUCUCAAGCAGAAGGCGAUGGCUCCUCGGCAGCUGAGCCAAGAUCGCAAGAGGGGAGAAUAUCCGGCGCAGGAAGGGCAGAGUCGGGCGCCAGCACAGCAGAGCCUUCCCAGGGCAGCGCUGCGGAAGCCGGCUGCGUGUCCCGCCUGUUCCUCGUGACGCAGAAAGAGGGUCUCGUCUGGCGCAACUAUCUGCCGACUUCCGGAGACGGGGGCAAAGGCGGCCGGGCAGCGCAACUCUGCUUUCAAGCCACAGUGGUAUGGAUGGGCAGCCCUGAACUGUGCAAGAAUCUUGGAGAAACCGGGUGCCGGCAAGAGUUUACCACUUCCGCUCUGCAAGAGACCAGUGAAGCCCAGAAGAAACUGUUGCUCCUGUUCCUGAGGAAAUCGCUCCGGUGGUUCCCCUUCCUGCACCUGGAUCACCUGUACCAGCUCACCAUCCCCCAGUGCACGGAUUUGGGUGUCUUUGAUCAACUGUGCUGCUCACCAGCACAAGGAAACCUGAAUCCGCUGAGACGUUCCUUGUUUCUCCCUGUUCCAGAUGGAGCCCUCCUGCACCACGUGGGCUGUAUUUCUCAGCUGGUUUCGACAGUGCCGGAGAUGGAUCGAAAACUGUUUUCCAUUGCGGAGAUUCUCAGCUCCAGUUUCACAGGCUCCCUGGUCUCUUUCCCUGGCCUAAUAGUGCAGAGGACUUUGGUUCAAUCUUACGUUGGAAAGAAGUCGCCUGGAGAGGUUUUGAUGCAGCAGAUGGGAAACCUCUUAUCCCGGGAUUACACCGUGAAGCUACGUGUAUCACCUACAGCUGGUGCCUCAGAAGUGCUGGAUGUGUACAUUGAAGCGGCAUUCUUGCCCUAUCUUUGGGGUCUGCUUCCUGGCGCCAGAAUUCUCUUUCAGAACUUGCAGCGCAAGGUUUCCAUCAGAUUCAAAAACGUCUAUUGUACAUACAUUAUGUCCAGCUGCGUGUCUGUUCUGGCUGCUGCACCCCACGACCUUUCUUCCCUGCAGCUGGGUGCCGCCUCUGCUCCUUCCGUGCUAUAUUUGUCCAAGAUAACACCUGAGCCUUCUGGUCUGGGCCAAGCACAGGUUGCCUGUCACGUGACGUGUGUCCUGUCUUUGUCCUUGCACUGGAGCUGCUCCCUUUGCAACAGCAUCUUCACAGAGGGAAGAUGCAGCCAGUAUAACCCACCUUGUCUGUCACGUACAGGAGUGUGCAAGGCCCGUGCCAGAAUCAUAGUAGAAGAUGGAACAAGAGAAUUUGUGGUGGUGUGCAAGAACCAACAAGUGCAGAAAGUGCUGGCUUUGAGCGCCAAGGAGUGGGAUGUUCUACAGAACCAUGUUAAGAACACAGGCAGUAUUGGCAUUCAGCACAGUGAAAUUAAUACGGCUCCUGAGCAAACUGAGGAGCGUGAAGACCUGUUCAUCUGGUACUUGAGAAGCUUAUGCAGAAGCCCAAUUGUCUGUCGGCCUGUCCUGUUGACUUUCAGACCAGAUAGAAAGCCCUCGGGAGAUCACGAGGCAGGCUUAGGACAGUUGAGGAGGUUUUUCUCCAAUGGCUUCGAGUUCCUAAGUCAGACGAGGCAGCGGUGGAACUUGAUGUGUCUGGACCUCCAGGAGGCGACAUGAACGUGAGGCUUGUAACAAAAGGCUGUACAUCUCGGGUCUUAUCCUGCUGCGGAAGAGCAAUUAAGACAUUUCUGCUUCUUCCAUGCAACCCAUCAUUUGGAGACACGUCAUUUACGUUUCUCAUAUAAAAUGCAGUAAAUUUAAUAAAACUUGAACAAAUCUAUUUUGUGGCUUUUUAAAGAUAUUCCUAAUUGCUGUUGCAAAAAUAACACUCAUUUUAAACAUCUAGCUUGUUUUUCUGUCAUGCAGAUAUGACUAUUAAUUUUCACCACCUUUCGUGUAUUCUAGCCUAUUUUUUUGCAAAUUCUGGCACUGACUGUUCUAGCUACUAUGAAUGCAUAACAUGCUAGUUUUUAUUUUGGCCGAGUAGUAGUUUGAUAUACAUUCCGAGACUUUGAUGAGUUUUGGGACAAGGGGAAGUCCAUAGCUGAAAGCCCCUCAAAAUACUUCCUUCACAUUCUUGAGGUCUUGAUUCAUCAGAAUUAAGAGGAUUUCUGCGCAAUCUUAAGGGUCAUGUCAAAAACAUGGGGACUGAGGUGCUCUGAGAUUUGCUAAACAGGCUUUUUUUAAAGCCUCUUGACUUCCACUAAUCUCUAAGUGGAAGCUGAGCCCUCUAGCUGAAAAAAAAUCAGUGAACAUUUUUGCUACAUAAGGAAGGACAGGUCAAGUAUAUUCUAAAUCCAUUUUUUAUUCUCAGUUACUUCCACAAUGUACACAGUUUCUAGCAACAGAUAAUGUACUUACUAUACAGGCUUCCCCUUCCCCCCUCCCCACCUUGUCCCAUUUCUCCACUUUUUGGUGAACCAAGAAUUUGCAGCAGCACAGCAAGUUAUUUUUCUAACACUGAAAAACAGACACAAAACAAGGAGACAAAAUAUAUAUGAAACUGAACUGGCCAGUUUUAGGCAGGUACAGCACAAUAAAUAGACAUCUUUAUUUCAGAUAUAGUUCGUAAAAUUUUACAGCAUCCUCUUAAAGUAGUUAGCGGUUUCAUAGGCAUGAAAUGCUACAGCACAGUACAGUCAAUUAGGUUUUCAGCAAAAGUGGGUUUUGCACAAAUCAUUCAUACGCCACGCUUGAGGAAACUGACACUCAAUGCAGAACCAACAAUAAUGCCAAGAUGCAGUUAGGUUUUAACUGGCAUUUAACUUAAAGACAAGAUACACCUGGGGGUUAGGAACCUAGAAACUUCCUGGCAACGUUAUUUUAUUUUUGGGUGGAGAGAGAGAUGGAGCAUUUAACUUGUACAAGUGUCACCUGCAGUUAUAACCAUUCUGCAACUAAGCAGGUUUUCUGCUGUUUAGAAUAGGAAACUGACCCAGAAGGGGCAUUAGGUGUUUUUUUGCUAGGAACCCGUGUUUUUGCAGCAGUGACAUGAUGGCACUAGAUGUUUAUUCAGUGGAAAUUAAGGUUCUUCUUCAUUAUUGAAACUGUAAUCAGAACAUGAGCACCAGGAAAAGUAACUAACUUCUCCAAGGUGAGAAAAUACUACCCUGCGCGCUAGAAGGUAACUGAGCAGUACUGCUCACGUGUCCUGCAAGACAAGACUAGCAGAGCAAACGUCCCAAAAUCACCAGCUCUGUAAAAUGACAAAUUCUCUAUAUUCUCUUACUCCACCACAGCGAUGGGGAAACCUAUAGGCUCCAGCUGCUGUCUGCCUUCAACCCCUGACAUUCCCAACCACCAGCCAUGCUACCUGAGACUGAUGGGAGCUGGAGUCCAGUAAAAUUCAGACAGCCAAAGCCUG